AUGAGAAGGGAUCUGGUGGGAACGGCAAGCCCCCUGGGCAUCACCAUCUCGGGCACAGAGGAGCCUUUUGACCCCAUUGUCAUCUCGGGGCUCACCAAGCGUGGUCUGGCUGAGAGGACUGGCGCUCUCCACGUGGGGGACCGUAUCCUGGCCAUCAACAGUGUGAGCCUCAAGGGCCGACCACUGAGUGAGGCCAUCCGCCUCCUGCAGGUGGCUGGGGAGACCGUCACACUGAAGAUCAAGAAGCAGUUGCACCGUGAGCCUCACCCCAGGCCCGGGGCAUCCAGCCCUUGUAGGGAGGGAGAUGCCUCUGCGCCGUGCCAGGCUUGUGUGCCCAACCUCAUGGAAUGCCCACUGCAUCCUGAGGAGGUGGGAGGCUGCAUGGGACAGCUGAGGAGACGAGAGAGGGCAGUGAUGGGCCCCGGGGUCACACAGCUGCAGUGGGGGUGUCCUCACUGCCUCCUGCCUCAGGACUGCGUGUGGUGGCGACUCAUGCCUUCCUCAGUUUCCCCAGAAUUUGUUCCCUGUGCCCCAGCAGGGAGGCCACCACUGGCAGUGGGAGGAGCCUGCGCUUGAGGGGCUUCCUUCUCAUCAUCUGG